UGUUAGCCAUGGAAACGCGAGCGGUCCUGGAGGCCCCGGGUCAGCUGCUGGUGCCGGCCGCAUCCAUCGUCGGGAGGGAGCUCCCAACCGACCUCCCCAGGGGAGAUGUGGUCCCGGGACGCCCUCGCGUCGCCCCUCCCCUCGGGUGACUCCAGAUACUGCUGGUUAUGAAAAAGAUGUGACUUUCAGCAAUCCUGAAUGGGAAGUAUGAGUCCAGAUGUUCCUCUGCUAAAUGAUUACAAACAGGACUUCCUGCUGAAGCGCUUUCCACAGACUGUUCUUGGAGGCCCUCGACUCAGAUUAGGCUACUGUGCUCCUCCUUACAUAUAUGUUAAUCAGAUUGUCCUUUUCCUGAUGCCAUGGGCCUUAGGUGGAACAGGAACGCUUCUAUACCAGCUGGACAUCCUAAGGGACUACUUGGCAGCAGCUCUCUCCGGAGGACUAAUGGUGAUCACUGCGUCUGUCAUCCAGCUGACAAGUGUGUACGCCAAGAGCAAAUCGGUGGUGGUCAAAAGGAUGAUAGUCAGGGAUAUCUUAGCAGAGGAGGACGAGCAUGAAUUUACAAGUUGUACUGGCGCUGAGACUGUCAAAUUUCUGAUUCCUGGCAAAAAAUACGUAGCCAAUACAUUUUUUCAUUCUGUUCUUGCUGGGUUGGUGUGUGGCCUUGGAACAUGGUAUCUGCUCCCAAACAGAAUAACCUUGCUGUAUGGCAGCCCUGGGGCAACAGCUGUGCUUUUUGUCUUUGGAUGGAUAACACUUUGCAUAGGAGAAUACUCGCUGAUUGUAAACACCGCCACAGAGACUGCCACAUUUCAGACCCAGGAUACUUACGAAAUCACUCCUCUCAUGCGACCACUUUAUAUUCUUUUCUUUGUUUCUGUGGACCUUGCACACAGGUUUAUUGUAAAUGUCCCAGCUCUAGAGCACAUGAAUCAGAUUUUGCACAUCCUGUUUGUGUUCCUGCCUCUCCUGUGGGCACUCGGGACCCUGCCCCCACCUGACGCUCUCUUCUUUUGGGCAGUGGAACAGGUUUUAGAGUUUGGUCUUGGAGGCUCAUCCAUGUCAACUCACCUACGGUUAUUGGUAAUGUUCAUCAUUUCUGCCGGAACACCUGUUGUCUCCUACUUCAUUCCCAGCACCGUUGGUGUAGUUCUUUUCAUGACUGGACUUGGAUUCUUACUGAGUCUUAACCUAAGUGACGUGAGCUUGGCCUUCAGGCACAGUGUGGCCAGGCACAGAGUGGGAAGCAGCCAUGAGACUUUCCCAGGCAGCUUUGGACAUGGGUUCAGGAGGAGGGACUGCCUUCUGUGUACCAUUAUGCUGGGCGUGGCUCUCCUGGAGGCGGGGCUGCUGCAUCACUACUCUGGCUUCUCAAAGGUUUCUGGAAGCAGCUCUCAGUCCGCCCUGGGCUAUGUUCUGACGGCAUUACUUUCAGUACUGUGUAUACUGAGAGAAACUCAGAGCAUCUACAUCUUUGGAAUUUUCCGAAACCCUUUCUAUCCAAAGGAUGUACAAGCUGUGUCUGAAUUCUUUGAAAAGCAGAACAAGCUCUUGAAGAUUGGGGUUGUCAGAUGGAUCUUGCUAACUAUAGUGUCGCCCUUGGCUAUGGUGGCCUUCCUUGCACUGGAUAGCUCUUUACAUGGGCUACACUCUGUGUCUGUCUCCAUUGGAUUCGCCAGGGCCUUCAGAACGGUGUGGCAGAGCACAGAAAAUGCUUUACUAGAGACGGUAAUUGUUUCGGCAGUGCAUGUGGUAUCCAACACAGAUUGCUGGUGGAACAGGAGCCUUGAUACAGGAACCAGACUGUUACUGAUUGGUAUCAUGCGAGACCGUUUGCUUCAGUUCAUCACUAAAUUACAGUUUGCUAUGACUGUACUUUUGGCAUCAUGGACAGAAAAAAAGCAGCAUAGAAAAACAACAACAACUUUGUGUGUGCUCAACACUGUAUUCGCCCCCUGUGUAUUGGUUAUCAUAGUGUUUUCAGCCCUGCUCUCGGCUCCUUUACUGCCCCUCUUUACUCUUCCUGUUUUCUUGGUGGGGUUUCCUCGUCCAGUUCAGAGCUGGCCAGGGGCAGUGGGCACUUCGGCUUGCGUGUGCACAGACACAGUGUUCUACCACCAGAUGGUCCCCAGGUUGACCACAGCACUGCAGACUGCGAUGGCAGCUGGAAGUUUAGGUCUCCUCCUCCCUGGCUCUCAUUACUUGGGCCGUUUUGAGGAUCGUCUAAUAUGGAUAAUGGUCCUAGAGCGUGGCUAUCCUUACUGCUGCAUUAAUGUUAAGGGGUUAGAAUUGCAGGAAACGUCCUGCCACACUGCCGAAGCCCAGAGAGUAGACGAAGUGUUUGAAAGUGCUUUUCAGCAGGAACACCUACAAAUGUGCUCCCUUAAUGAGCACAUGGGGAAUAUCUUGACACCAUGCACUGUUUUGCCCGUGAAACUCUACUCUGAUGCCAGGAGUGUCCUGUCUGGCAUAAUUGAUUCUCAUGAAAACUUGAAGGAAUUUAAAGAUGACCUUGUUAAAGUGCUUGUGUGGGUGCUUCUUCAGUACUGUUCUAGAAGGCCCAGCCCACAAGAGAAUAUUCACAAAGCUGAAAACAACAGAGAGGCCUCACCGGUGGCCCUACCUGCCUUGAACACUUCGCCGUGCCCCAAAUUCCUGGAGGACUCAGAGAGUCUAAAUUCUGACACUUUCCAUGACUGGUCUGAUAGUAGUAUUUUUGAUGAUGAACCAGCUAUCAAAAACAGAAAAGAAAAACUUCAGUUCAAAGAUCUACCAAGUACAAAUUUGCCUAUUCCAGGGUCAGUAGACUCCCAGAGUGAAGACGAUCAUUCUACAAACACAGCUUCCAAAAAUGAUCUUUACAGGACGGUUUUGUUGGGAUUCCCUGCUGUUGACAGGGGCAAUCGAGAAGAUGUGGCAUACAUCCCUCUCGUGGAGUUCAGUUGUUCGCAGUCACACUUGCUGAGUUUACCCGAAGAAUGGAGGUCUAACUGUACACCCCGUUCCAGAAUAAGGGAGGCAAGCCCCUUGUUUCCAGAAGACUGGUAUCAGUUUGUUUUAAGGCAGUUGGAAUGUUUUCACUCAAAAGAGAAAUCAGGUGUACUGGAAGAAAUUGCCAAGGAUAAAGCUCUGAAAGCCUUGUAUGUCCAUACAGUAAUGGCUUGUUAUAUUGGUUUAUUUGGAUCAGACAAUGUGUUGCCUAGUCCUGGUCAGAUAGUAAGAGUCUACAAUGGUGGCUUACCCUGCUCUGGCACCUUGGAUUGGCUCUCAGAAAAACCAGAACUGUUCCAACUAGUUCGGAAAGCAUUCAGGUAUACACUGAAACUAAUGGUUGAUAAAGCAAGUUUGGGUCCAAUAGAAGACUUCAAAGAACUGACCAGCUGCCUCAGAGAAUAUGAGAGUAACUGGUACAUUGGUUUGGUGUCUGAAGACCAGUGGAAGAAAGCAAUUCUAGAAGAAAAGCCAUGCUUGUUUUCCCUGGGGUAUGAGUCUAGUAUGGGCGUUUACACGUCGAGGGUCCUGGUGCUUCAGGAGCUCCUGGUGCACAUCGGAAAGCUGAAUUCGGAAGCUGUUCGAGGCCAGUGGGCCAAUCUCUCAUGGGAACUGCUUUAUGCCACCAACGAUGAUGAGGAGCGGUACAGUAUCCAAGCUCACCCACUCCUUUUGAGGAACCUCACUGUCCAAGCCGCUGACCCUCCCUUGGGAUAUCCAAUUUUCUCUUCAAAACCUCUCUCUAUACAUUUGUGUUAGUCCAUUUUUACGUCUAACUCCGAGAGCACUAGAGGAGACACUAGUUAAAAAGGAAGAGUCUAAGUUUUGUAAUUUCUCGAGACUUUCCUCUUGCCCCGAGGCUGCCCAAGAGAAGAACUAAGGUCUGUGAGGCUGCUUCUCUGUCAGCCAAAUGACUCAAACAGCAGCUCCUCUGUGCCUAACAUGGGCAGAAGUAGUUGGCCAAUAUUUGUGCUAUAUGAUUUAUGAUAGUUUUUAGUAGCUAAAGACAUCUGUACAAGAUUAGAUUUUUUUUUUUACUGCUUUGUUAAAUGUCUGAAAAGUAGUUUGUCUUUUUAAAAGUCAACAGGUAUAUACUUACAUAUUUAAAAGAUAUUCAUAUCAGUGUUUUUAAAUAAUGAUGAAUCCUUUUAAUAGUUAACAUAUAUAUAUUUGAAAUGUAGUUAAUUUUUAGUAUUUUCAAAUGUCAUACAGUUUUAACAUUUAACAUUUUAUGAACAGUCCCAUACAA